AGUUGAGCUCAUUGAUGGCAAACAAGUGCAGGCGCUCAUAGGAACGAUGUCCGCUCAGGAAACAGGACCUCUCUCCAAGAUUGACAAAAACAUCAAGUAUCUUCCUAUAAUAUCCUUAACAUCACCGGCAAUAACCCCGCCAUCGAUAGAGCACCAAUUACCACACUUCUUUCAAUUUAGUGACCAUAUCACCUUCCACAUACAAUGCAUAGCUGCUAUUGUAGGCCAGUUCAAGUGGAGGAAAGUUACAGUGAUUUAUGAAUCAAAAAAUGGUUUCUCUGCUUAUUCUGGGAUUUUAACUCUCCUAUCUGACACUCUCAAGGCUGUCAACACAGACAUCGAACACCACUCAACUUUCCCUUCCAUGCCUUCUCUAUCAAACGCAGAAGCCUUCAUUGAACAAGAGCUUGUCAAUAUGAGGAGCAGGAGCAACAGGGUUUUCGUAGUUGUGAUAUCUUCUUUAGAAAUGGCAGUCCUGCUAUUUGAGAAAGCAAAGCAGUUGGGGAUGAUGGAGAAAGGUUAUGUGUGGAUUGUCACCGAUGAGAUUGCAAGCUUUCUUGACUCUUUCGAUUCUUCAGUUGUCAACAACAUGCAAGGUGUGAUUGGUUUUAGAACCGGAUUUGUACGCAGUAGCAAGCCUUUUAAACGGUUUAGAUCUAGAUUUCGCAGCAAUUAUCGAUCAGAGUAUCCAGAAGAAGAAGAAUAUUGCAAUCCAAGUAUCUUUGCUCUCCGUGCUUAUGAUGCAACUUGGGCUAUUGCUCAAGCUAUGAAAAACUCACCAGGAAAAAUAAGCUCAAAAGACUUAUCUAAAGCCAUUUCAUCCAGCAGAUUUAGAGGUGUAAGUGGAGUAAUAAGGUUUAAAAAUAAUGUGUUGCAGCAAAAGCCUUCAUUUCAAAUCAUUAAUGUUGUAGGUAACAGCUACAGGGAGAUUGCAGUUUGGUCACCAGACUUCGGCUUUUUAAAGAGCCUCGAGAAACAUAAUGGUGUGAAUUCCAGUGGUUCUUUUGAAGAAUGGGGGCCGGUUUAUUGGCCUGGUGGAGAGGGCGGUGUUCCUCGCGGAUGGGUGAUUUCUGAGACGGAUAAACCUUUGAAGAUAGGAGUUCCGGCCAUGGGCGCUUUUCAUGAAUUUGUGAAGGUGAGUUUAGACGAGGCCAGUAACAAAACUUGUGUCACAGGGUUCUCAAUUAAUGUAUUUGAAGCAACUUUAAAGCGUCUCCCAUAUGACUUGCCGUAUGUGUUCGUUCCAUUCAAUGGGUCAUACGACAAGAUGGUGGAGCAAGUUCAUGACAAGGGCCUGGAUGCUGCUGUUGGUGAUUUUUCAAUAGAGCCUGGAAGGUUUCAGUACGCAGAAUUUUCUCAGCCAUAUAUUGAUUCCAGACUCGUCAUGACAGUACCAGCGAAAUCAGCCAAGUCCAGUAUAACAUGGAUGCUGAAAACCUUCACCAAAAAGUUAUGGUUACUAAUGGUAGCAAUGCAUAUGUUCAUAGGAUUCCUAGUAUGGAUACUUGAACGUGGGAGCAACACAGAAUUCGAAGGAAUCGGGGGUAUGUUAUGGUUUUCCGUCACAGUAAUAUUCUACGCUCAUGGGCAACCGCUUAGAAAUAAUUUAUCUCGAGUAAUGGUGGCACCAUGGUUAUUUGUGAUUCUCAUCGUCACGGCAAGCUUCACGGCUGAUCUUUCCUCGAGGAUGACAGUCUCACGGCUAGAACCAUCAGUUUUGGAUAUUGAUACACUACUGAAAACCAACGCACCUGUUGGUUGCAAUGGGAACUCCUUUGUUGUGCGAUAUUUGACUAACGUUUUGCAUAUCAAACCAGAAAAUAUAAGGAAGUUCUAUUCAGGAAACGAUUACCUAGAAGCUUUUGAAACUGGACAUAUCAAAGCAGCAUUCUUUGUUGAGCCACAUGCAAAAGUCUUCCUGGGAAAAUACUGCAAGCGCUUCACACAAGCAAAAUCCACCUUUCAAUUAGGCGGUUUUGGCUAUGUUUUUCCAAAGGGUUCUCCUCUGGUUUUUGACAUGUCAGAGGCAAUCCUGAAAGUUAUAGAGAGUGGAGAAAUGAGGCAAAUGGAAGAGAUUCUCUCCUUUCCCAAUUGCUCCUCUGAUGCGUUAAGGGACAACUCGAGUUUAGAUCUGGAGCCUUUCGCUGGGCUAUUCAUAUUAUCCGGUAGCGUCUCAGCCUUCGGUUUCCUAGUUGCUAUUCUGCGUAUGGGAAGGAAUCUGCAGAUCCUGAGCUACAUUCAAGAAGCACUGACAAAAAGGAGAAUUUGGAGAUGGGCAAGUAUUCAUUUGUCCAGAGAAAAUUCCAGAGAAAAUUCCACCAUCCCAAAAACUAAAGACCAAGUUCAAACUUCUACAAGUGUAGAGCUCGCAAAUUUUGCCCAGUAGAAAAGUCAUAUAAUUACACUUUUAAGGUCUAGCUAGAAAACUAAAUAGUUAGAUGAUUGUACAAACCGAGUUCUUAUUAAGAUUCAUUAAGUUAAUCAUUUGGAUCUCCUGAAAUUAGGGUUCAUAAAUUGUUUUUUUAUUUUAAUUAUUUUUCAAGUUAAUUUUAUAUUUUAAUUAUUAUUUUUUACUUA